UCUGCAGUUCAGUGGGAAUCUCUUACUGGACAACAUGACAGACAGGAUAAACAAGAAAUCUCAGGUGAGGGAAACACUGAAAAAAGUGUGUACUUGGUUUACAUAAUUCAGUGGGGGACAGCACAGCAUAAUGUGGGACGAAGACAUGGACAUAGACCACAGUAGUCUUUCUACAAUGUCAUCUAGUGGUGUCAAAAAAGGAAAAUAUACAUAUUCCCAUGUUUCCUCCAACGAAAGCAAAGAUUCUAGAGAUGCGUUCAUAUGUAUGAAUGAGCUGCAAUCCAAUAACGUGCUGGCAAGUUGGAUUAUAGAGAAGAGUAAAUUCCAAAACCACAAUGGAGAAUUUCCCUUAUUUACUAAGGGGCUGCUCCCAGUUAGAAAGGACGAGCAGCUGUCAGGUCAGGCCUCACUCCAGAGCCUGAAGCCAUCAAAGGCAGGGAGGAAAGGACAGCUUUUCUGCAGACGAGAGCAAUCACACAAAUACCUGAGGGCCAGCGCAUCUAACUCAUGCGUAAAUGACCUCUGUAUCGAUCUGAAGCCACAAAUUACAACAUACACAGUCCAAUCUGGCAGGCCGACAAGAUCUAGUCUUUUACGGUCUGCACAUCAAUCUGCAUCCUUAAGUAGAAACAUUCCAAUUCAGCAUGAGCGAUUGUCUGCUGAAUCAUCUCCAGGAAGAGCUUCUAGAGAAAGAAGAGGGCUGCAAGUGAUGUCUACCUCGCUUGGAGAGACAGUCCAUUCCUUUCUGGUUGGAGCUCGAUAUAACAGGAACUGCAUUGAUUCUCAAGCCUUUCAGAAAUAUGGGCUAUUUGUUUCCAGAAGGCAACCAGGAGUCUCGUUUCUUACUAACAGCAAAAUAGAUGGUCAGAUGACAAUCCAGAGGCAAGAAGAUGAAGCUGUAACUGAACAAGAAACUCAAGUAAAUGAACCGGACAUGAAUCCCAGAUGAUCUGCUCCAUUUAGUACAGUACUAACCCUGCCUUGGGGGCUCCUGAUGGCCACUGGAUGAUGUACAAGCAAAGGUAGAGAAAAAUAUGUAAUUUUCGUUGUUCAAGAAUGAAAAUAAGGUCAUUUCUGCACACUGUGGAAAAUUACAACAGUGGGAAUCUGAAAUGCAAACAAAAUCAACCCCUAAGAAGUUUCCUAAGGAUAUCCAUCAUUGUCAAAUCCUCUUUGCUGUAUAACCAUUGUAGGACCAGAGAAAAGCGUGCCGACUGCUAGAGAUAUUGUUUUCUUAAUCCAAAUAUUAACCUAUGAGUUUCUCCUCUGAAUGUAACUGUAAACACAUUUCAACGUAGAUACAAUAAACAUUAAUCAAUUCCAGACAAUAAUUAUCAAGGGCUGAAACAGUGCAUUUUAUUUAUUCUUUUUAAAUAAACAAAAAUUAUUGUGAAGUUACAUGAACAAACAUUAUUCUAAAAGCAGUACUGACCGUCGUAUGAGAGCAGAUAAUUAGAGAUGUUUUAAUGCUCUAAAAAGUCGUCUCAAAAGCUGUGGGCUUGGUGGUUACCAAAGUCAAAUAAAGUGGAUGGGCUCAAGAAAUAAAAAAAGGUGAGAAUGGGAUCCCUUACCUGGAAACCCAUUAUCC